CCUAUCUCUUCGCCUGCUUCUCUUUUCGUAGUUUUGAGGAUCAGAGAACUCGAAGCAAGCCUUCAAUGGCGCUCUCCUCUUGCUCCCUCUCCUCCCUCGCCUCCUCCUUCUCCUCUCUCUCCUUCUCCUCCAACGUAUCCUCCUCUCACCGAAACCUCUCCUUCCCCGGUAUUCGCGUUUCGCGCCCAGCCGUUUCCUUGAAGGCUCUUCGCCCCAUUGCUGCUGUGGCGACGUUGCCGGAGCUGGAGGGGAUGACCCUGGAGAAGUAUGUGAAGACAAGGCUUCCAGGAGGAUUUGCUGCCCAGAAGAUCAUUGGGACUGGGCGGAGGAAGUGCGCCAUUGCUCGUGUCGUCCUCCAAGAAGGCACCGGGAAGUUCAUCAUCAACUACCGUGAUGCUAAGGAAUACCUACAAGGGAACCCCUUAUGGCUACAGUAUAUCAAACUCCCUUUACUGACAUUAGGGUUUGAGACCGGCUACGAUGUAUUUGUAAAAGCUCAUGGAGGUGGUCUUUCCGGUCAAGCUCAGGCAAUCUCUCUUGGCAUUGCACGUGCUUUGCUCAAGGUCAGCGAAAACCACAGAGCACCUUUGAGAAAGGAAGGCCUUCUGACAAGAGAUUCUCGAGUUGUUGAGAGGAAGAAAGUUGGCCUUAAAAAGGCUCGCAAGGCCCCCCAAUACUCAAAACGUUAAAAGAUCACUAAGUCAUCAAGAACCGUCGGUUUUCAAACUCGGAGCGGAUGUUUUCUGUCUGAUUGACAUGCUUUUCUUGCUUCUCUUCUUUUGUAUAAUCAAAUGUAUGGCCAUUGAUUGUAAUGUAAACUGACAAAUUCUUGGUCAUUUUGUAUCCCAGUUUCAGUAAAGAGUGCUUAGCUGAAAUUAUGCUAUGUUGGAGAUGGACCAUGGAAUUGUGAUUAUUAUUAUUGUUAUUUAUA